GGCAGCUUCCGGCUGUUUCCAGUUAAACAGGUCCAUGCCGGUCUCCCGGGUCUCCCAGGUCCGGCCCGGGCUCCUCCUCAGCGACCUGGACUCGGCUCUGGACCCGUCGGUUCUGACCAGCAGGAACGUGACUCUGGUGGUGAACGCCAGCGGGCUGGACCCGCCCUACCCGGUCCUGGACCCGGUCCUGCAGGUCCUGCCGGUCCCGGUCCAGGACCGGCCUCACGCCCCGCUCAGCCUCUACUUCCUCCCGGUGGCCCGGCGGAUCCAGCAGAACCGGACCGGGUCCACGCUGGUCCACUGCAGCGCCGGCCGGAGCCGGAGCCCGGCCCUGGUGAUGGCCUACCUGAUGAGGUCUGAGGGUCUCAGCCUCCGCCGGGCCCACGAGCUGGUUCUGGAGGCCCGUCCGUUCAUCCGGCCCAACGCCGGGUUCUGGCGGCAACUGCUGGUUCUGGAGCGGGAACUUCUGGGUCAGAACUCCGUCAGGAUGACCCAGACCGAGGCGGGGGUUCUACCGGAGGCCCUGCCGGACCCGGACCGGGGCGGUACCGACACCGGCUACUGCAUCAACGUGUGACCCGGUUCAAACCCGGGUCAGAGGACACGAGCCAGAACAUUCAACUUUUUUCUUGGAAUUGUACUUCAACAUUAAUCUCGACAUUUCAACUUUUUUCUCGACAUUUCAACUUUUUUCACAAAAUUUUG